AUAUGUGGGUCUCGCUACAAGUGGCUGUGGACGCGCAGGGCCCGACUCGCCCCGAAGCGGACCUCGGGGGGAACUCACUCAGGCGGAGGCGAGCGCCGGCCGCGCACCCCGGUCCGGUGGCCGCACGAAUUAGACAUUGCUACGGGAGACGUGUAAACACCGCUCACCCCCGUGCGUGUGUAAAACCGUCUCGUGCUCGCUAUUCUUUCAGGGAAAGCGCCUCUGACUUAUCUUUCCCUUUGGGUCCCUUUUUGGCUGUGUGGUUUAGGAGCAGCGCAGUCGGAGUAACUGAUUCCUGAGUAAGUAGGAGCUGAGAGGCUCCCGAGGAACUUUUCUUCCCUCCUCUCUUUUUCUUUCUAACUUGGGAGAGGCCCUGAAGAUGGAGAGGCCGUCGGAGCCCAGGCUGCAGGAGGCGCGGGCGCGGGGCGGUGGGCAGCCCGAGCUCACGCCGCGGCCCUUCCUCCCGUCCAGGUCGCGGGGAGCCGGCGAGACGAUGCUGCGGAGGCUGGUCCAGCAGUGGAGCGUCGCUGCGUUCCUGCUCAGCUGCUCGGUGCCCUCCUGCGGGCGCUCGGUGGAGGGGCUCGGCCGCCGGCUCAAAAGGGCAGUGUCUGAGCACCAGCUGCUUCACGACAAGGGCAAGUCCAUUCAGGACCUGCGCCGCCGAUACUUCCUGCACCACCUCAUCUCUGGGAUCCACACGGCAGAGAUCAGAGCUACCUCGGAGGUGUCCCCCAACUCCAAGCCCUCACCCAACACCAAGAACCACCCAGUGCAGUUCGGGUCCGACGAUGAGGGCAGGUACCUAACUCAGGAAACCAACAAGGUGGAGACCUACAAAGAGCAACCCCUCAAGACACCCGGGAAGAAAAAGAAAGGCAAGCCGGGCAAGCGCAAGGAGCAGGAGAAGAAGAAGCGGCGAGCAAGGUCUGCCUGGCCCACCUCGCAGGCCGUGGGCAGUGGAGGCAGCGUGGACCGCCCAGCCCAAGUGUCCAGCACCCCGGAGCCUGUGUCACGGAGGCAUUGAAAUUUUCAGCAGAGACCUUUCAAGGACAUAUUACAGGAUUUUGUAAUAGUAAACGUAUAGAAAAUAUUAGAAAUAUUUAUUGUCUGUAAAUACUGUAAAUGCAUUGGAAUAAAACUGUCUCCCUCAUUGCUCUAUGAAACUGCACAUUGGUCAUUGUGAAUAUUUUUU